CUGCCCUGCCCGCACCCCGACCCGCGGCCCGGCCGAGGCGGGCGGUGUUCCGGGGAGGAGCUGGGCUGAGCCGCGGCCCCUUCCCGUCCCGCCUCUUCCUCCUGCUUCCCUGAGAGCCCGGAGCCGCCGGCGGUGGGCCAGGGGACAGACGCUGCCGACAGGGGACAGACGCUGCUUACAGGGUCCAGGAGCGAGUGGAGAGACAACGAGAGCACAGGCCCCACACUGGGCUGAAGCCUCCCCUGCAGAGAACAUGGCUGCUGAGCUAGGGCCUGCACCCAUGCCAGCCCCCAGCCUGCCUCUCCCAGCCCUGCUGAAGACAGAGGAAGGGGACCCAGUAGCCCCUGCACCUGGAGCAAGAGCCAAGGAGAAAGUCUUGGGUGUCGUUCAAGGAGGGACCAGCAGGAGGUCCUUGAGAUGGGCAACACCCCAGCAGAUCAAGCAGGAGCUGCAGGAGGAGCCAGUCCAAGGCUGGGAGGUGGCACAGGACCCACCAUUCUCUGCUGAAACUGUGCCGGUCCCGGUUCCCCAACAACCACUGGAGCUGGUGUCAGGGGAUGACUCUCCCACCCUGGAGGCACGGCGCCAGAGCUUCCGCAGCUUCUGCUACCAGGAGGCCGAGGGGCCGCGGGAGGUUUGCAGCCGUCUACAAGAGCUCUGCCAGCGCUGGCUGGAGCCCCAGCACCGCAGCAAGGAGCAGAUCCUGGAGCUGGUGGUGCUGGAGCAGUUCCUGGCCAUCUUGCCCCAGGAGAUGCAGAGCUGGGAGUGGGGGCGCGGUGUAGAGACCUGCGCCGAGGCUGUGACGCUGGCUGAGGGGUUCCAGCUGGGGCAGGCGGAGGAGGACGAGAAGCUGCAGGUCACAGUGUGUGUGAAGGUUGAGGAGGCAGCGUCAGACAAGAUGGUGCCGGGGGGGGCAUUGUGGGAGCCUCUUGACUCCUGCCUGGAGCACCCGCAACCCCAGCCUUUGCAUGGGCCCCAGAGGGAGGCCGGAUGGAGCGGGAGCCUGGGGCCUCGGGGCGAGCCACCUCGCAUCCGCAAAGACCAGGCCCAGCCCUGCCAAGCAUCAGGCUCCCCCGGCACAGAUGAGACCUGGGACUCAGCCGAUGAAAGCACCUCAGGCUGGUUCCCCAGACCAAGCUCUUCCCCGGAAGCAGGUGCCAGGACCCUGGACAGAGCUGAGGAAGGGCCCAUGGGCGAGGCCCCUAGGGGAAAGCAGGACCUGGCUUCCAAGACCAAUCCCAAGCGCCACCCCUGCCCCAAGUGUGGGAAGCUCUUUGACUGCCCGUCGCGCUUGGCGCUGCAUGACCGGCUGCACACUGGGGAGAAGCCGCACGGCUGCCCUGACUGUGGGAAGAGCUUCACCCGGCCCUACGACCUGGCCAUCCACCGCAAGGUGCACUCGGGCGAGAAGCCCUACGGCUGUGCUGAGUGUGGCCGGAGCUUUGCUCGCUCCGACACACUGGCAUCGCACCGCAAGAUCCACUCACUGGAGAAGCUAUACCGCUGCACUGACUGCGGGAAGCGCUUCACGCAGCGUGCCGGCCUGGCCUCCCACCGCAAGUUCCACUCGGGCGAGAAGCCACACCGCUGCCCCGACUGCGGCAAGAGCUUCGCCCUCUCAGAUGCCUUGGCCACCCACCGCAAGAUCCACUCAGGGGAGAAGCAGUACCGCUGCACCCAGUGUGGCAAGAGCUUUGCCCAGCCUGCCGGCCUCUCCAACCACCGCAAGUUCCAUUCGGGAGAGCGGCCGCACCGCUGCGAGGAGUGUGGCAAGUGCUUCGUGCGCCGCCCUGACCUGGCCCGGCACCAGCGCAUUCACUCAGGGGAGCGCCCCUUCUGCUGCCCCAUCUGCGGGAAGGGCUUCAUUGAGGCUGGCCGCCUGACACAGCAUCGACGCAUCCAUAUACGGGAGCAGCUCCUCCACCCCUGGGAGCCAGUGUAGUUCUGCCUGUGGUCGGGAGAGGGCAUUGGGGGCACCUCCACUCUCAGCACCCACCAGGGCUGUGCCCGUCCCACCCAUGCACCAGGUGCAGGAAGACAUUUUCCCUGCCCUGAUCCCUCCCGAGGUGGUGCCAGACCCAGCAGGCAGACCCUGGGCUUCAAUGAGGAGCUUCUGAGCUGCAGGGAGUUAGCUUAGGGAAGUGUUUGCUGAACCUCCUUUUUACCCCCUCAUACCAUAUUGACUUGAAUUUAAGGCGACCUCCUCCCUUCCAUAAUUAGAUGCCGUAGGUGGAAAAAUAUAUUGUGUUAUAAUCAGGGUUCCGGGUUUUCCGUUUCCCACAGGAAAACAGAGAAAACUACAGAUUUCCCAUUUUUAUCAGAGAAAAUGUGGAUUUUACCUUUUAGCCUACUGUCCCCUGCCAGCCUGCUUCCCUCCCCCACGACCCAACUUGGCUGGGGACAGAGGAGCCGCAGGGAGAUCUCACCACUGCUCGCCCAGCACUGCCCCAGUGAUGUGCUUCCUGUGCGUGGGGCUGCACCCCUGAAUGCAGUGGCAGGUGCAGGAGGCACAUCAGGGCAGCAGCAGUGAUCCCCAUGCAGCCCCGCUGUUCCCAGGUGCGCGGGGUCAUGCCUGCGGGACUGCAGAGGCCCCACGGGAUGGAAACAGGGCUGGAGCUCAAGCCCUCAACCUGCCCCACACACAAAUCUGGUUGCAUGGGUCCCCUCCUGGCCCCCGGGAGUGCGUGUGGUGGUGGGGAGCCACCCUGCCUGAGCCUGCAGCAGGCAGCAGGGGGGAGCAGGGGCAGGGGGCUGUGGACCCGGGUCUGUAGCCCUGGCAGCUGGAGGUACUAGCAAGGCUGUGGGGGGGGAUCAAGAGGCACAAGCAGGGC